AUGCCCACCGCAGUGACAGCCUGGGUCAUCCACUGGAUCAUCCAUUCCCGGGUCACACUGAUACCUCCAAUGCACCUUGAGCAGUGGGCUUUGCAAGCUGUUCACCGUGAUUAUGGGAAGAAGACAAGUUCUUUGAGGAAAGCUCAGGCAAGGUCUGAAAUGACAGACAAUGCAGCUCACCCAGCAUUGCUGAUGGAGACCGUGCUGACAGCCACAUGGGCUGAGCUGGAUAACACGUGUGAGUUAGGCAUUAGGGGUUCCACACAGCACCAUUAUCCGGAUGCAGUGACUUUUGAUAAUGUGCGUGUGAAAUUCACUGAGGAGGAGUGGAAUUUGCUGGAUCCUUCCCAGAAGAGUCUCUACAAAAAUGUGAUGUCAGAAACCUACCUGAACCUCAAAGCUAUAGGCUAUGAUUGGGAAGAGCAUCAUCUUGAAGAACAUUGUCGAAAUAAUAGAAGUCAUGAAAGGCAUGUAAGAAGAUAUACUGGAGUGAAACCCUACGAGUGUAACCAGUGUGGUAAAGCCUUUACAAGAUGCAGUGAUCUCCAGUAUCAUAAAAGAACACAUACUGGAGAGAAACCUCAUGAAUGUAAUCAAUGUGGUAAAGCCUUUGCAACACCCAUAUAUCUCCAAAGACAUAAAAUGACACAUACAGGAGAGAAACCUUAUGAAUGUAAUCAAUGUGGUAAAGCCUUUGCAAAGCGCAGUCAUCUCCAAAGACAUAAAAGAACACAUACUGGAGAGAAACCUUAUAAAUGUAAUCAAUGUGGUAAAGCCUUUGCACAGCACAGUGAUCUCCAAAUACAUAAAAGAACACAUACUGGAGAGAAACCUUAUGAGUGCCAUCAAUGUGGUAAAGCCUUUGCACAGCACAGUCAUCUCCAAUGUCAUAAAAGAACGCACACUGGAGAGAAACCUUAUGAAUGUAAUCAAUGUGGUAAAGCCUUUGCACAGCACAGUUCUCUCCAAUAUCAUAAAAGAACACAUACUGGAGAGAAACCUUAUGAAUGUAAUCAAUGUGGUAAAGCCUUUGCAUGUCACAGUGAUCUCCAAAGACAUAAAAGGAAACAUACUGGAGAGAAACCUUAUGAGUGCCAUCAAUGUGGUAAAGCCUUUGCACAGCACAGUUCUCUCCAAUAUCAUAAAAGAACGCAUACUGGAGAGAAACCUUAUGAAUGUAAUCAAUGUGAGCUGCAUCCCAGCAAAUUCUUCACCACAGAGGGUGCUUCGGCAAUAGCGCUCCAGGUGGUGGUGAUCUCAGCUCCAGGUGGUGGUGAUCUCAGUGCUCACACUUUGGAUCCCCUUCUCUAG